AUGCUACCAUAUGACGACAUUCAAAUCGAUAAUGCUUUCGACUGGAAGAAAGAAGUCUGGAGCGUAGAGACAGCACCAAAGAUAAAAUUGUUUCUCUGGAAAACAUUUAAAGGAGCGAUAUCUGUGGGCACUAACCUUGUGGCACAUAACAUACCAAUUGACCCUCGGUGCAAAAGAUGUGGGGAACCCGAAUCUAGCUAUCAUCUUCUCUUCCAAUGCUCUUAUGCCCAACAGAUAUGGAGCUUAGCGCUGUAUGCGAUAAAUAUUGGGGCAAGCGGAGUGCUAGAUUUGGAACAAGCAUGGCGGAUCUCCUGCAACGCCAAGACCUUACCACCGAUAGGAAUCCCAGCCUCUCAGCUCACCCCCUGGAUCAUUUGGCAUCUAUGGAUAGCGAGAAAUAACUUGGUCUUCAACAAUAAGCCUGCAUCAGCUCAGGAAACUUUAACCAAAGCAAUGGCUGCAGCACGGGAAUGGUCCAUCAAUCAAGUGAAGGACACUAAAAUCAGCCAAACCCUGAUAAGACCUGAAACAACUACCGUGAGGACCUACCUGCUACAAACAGAUGCGGCCUGGAAUACAGCCACACAAAGAGCUGGACUAGGAUGGACUGUCAAGAUGGAGGGAGAGACGACAGCUUCCGGACUCUGUUCUACUUUUGUUGGAUCAGCUCUGGUCGCGGAAAGCAUGGCCGUCCAUGCAGCUCUCCAGCAGUGCAAAGAAGAAGGGAUAACAAGGCUAAGGUGUGAAUCGGACUCCACACAGCUUAUCAGGGCACUAACGUCUUCUUCGAUGAAUAUGGAGAUCUAUGGCAUAGUGUCUGAUAUUUUGAGCUUAGCUCUGUCUUUUGAUGUAAUUUCUUUCCACUGGAUUUCCAGGGAAAAAAAUAGAGAGGCUGAUUUUAAACCAAGCAGAUGUUAUCUGCACAGGCUCUAG